AGAUCAAUAAUCUGGGAACACAAUGGCUUACCACUUUAGCGCAAAUCAGUACGAAAAGGAAUUCAAUUCUAAAAGACUGCAAAACUGGGAACUCCCAAAAAAUCAGAAGGAGAGGCCAAGAACUCUGCAAGGCUUCACACGGGUUAUUGUCAACGAUAGAGGUCACCUGCUCUCACAUAUAUCUCAAUCGCCUCGUUCACCUUGGGGAGAAUUUGUAGCUACAGAAACCUCAGUCUUUCAAGCACCCAACUCCCGGAAACUAAGGGAACCCCUGUACAGUGCACGUUGUGAAGAAAAAUCUACAAAAAAAGUGAACACGCAUAUAUAUAUAUAUUUAUAUACACAAAAUUUAAACUGUAAUCAAUCUACAGAAAAUUAAAUGACCCAAUCAUGCUAGUAUUACCAGAUUCGAAUGAAAGCACUGAAUUAAACAGUCGACAGAGAAAAACGGUAAUGUGCAAGGCCUUUCAGUUGAUUGCACCAUAACUCCAUCAUCGAUUAGACUAUUAUUGAUCUGCGACUCCGAGCAUCCGUGAAGAACGUUUAACACGUACACCUGGUGAAGGUCAGCCGCCGGCUUCGUUAGCAUGCAGCUGCUCAGCAUCACGUUGUUCGACUUUGUGUUCAUCCUCGUCUUGGGCAUGAUGCGUCACUAUGCAGACCAUCAGCGUCUGCCCACGCUGCUUAUCCAGUUGUUACACGACUAUGACAGUGAGACGGCGCUGGUGACUGGGUGGGCGUGCCUGUGCAUCGUUGCCGCAGGAGAGAGUAUGUCCCUACAUGAAUUCUUCGCCCUGCUUGUGCUGUACUAUGCUUUCUUUGAGGACAAGCUGGUGGUGGUGAGAACGGCUAUAUCAGUAUGACGGGACCUAUCCAGAUCUUCAUUACCAUUUGCUUGUGGAUAGCAAUGAAUGUGAAUAUCUACAUCGAUCCUCAAUAAAUGUGGAGUGAGAUUCGUGGAAAACCGUGUGAAAGCAAAGGCGUGGCUGGUAAUUUUGAAGGCUUAUUGGAAAUAAGAGCUUUGCUGAGAUCAUGUGGCUCCUGAAAAUUUAUUGGGCUAGAUUUUAACGAGAAAUAUACCAAUAGGUGUUUAUACGUAACUGCAGUCAUGCAUGUUUACAAUUGUUCUAUGAUUAUAAUAUGUCAAAAUUUUAAUAAGCUGAUCAUGUAAUACAUACAAGCAAAUUAUAGAUUAAUAUAUAUGUAUCAAUCAAUCUCUCAUCCCUCUCUCCUUUCUGUCUGUCUGUCUCUCUCUCUCCCAUAUAUAUAUAUAUAUAUAUAUAUAAUGAUAUGAUCUGAGCACGUGUGAUUAUAUGUCGCGUUAUAUUAUAUAUGAUUUUUUUUAAAUCGUGUAAAAAAGUUUCUAUAGAAUGGGUGCAUCACAUUUUGAAAUUUAACUAGCUAGAUAACAGUUAUUAUGCACUACAUCAUCAGGCGAUAUAAAUCGGAAGAUUUAAUUAGUUGAAAUAAAUGAUGACUUGAUAUAACAUUAUAACUUGUAAAAUUAUAUGCAUGAUUGAGAAUAAAAUGCUA